AUGGCGUCCCCGGCAGUGUCCGUGGUCUGUGUGGGCAUGGCGGGCUCCGGCAAAACCACCUUCAUGCAGCGCAUCAACUCCCACUUGCAUUCGAAGAAUACAGUGCCGUAUGUGAUGAACCUAGAUCCCGCGGUGCACUCGGUGCCUUUUGACAGCAAUAUCGAUAUCCGCGACUCGAUCAACUACAAAGAAGUGAUGAAGCAGUACAACCUGGGCCCCAACGGUGGGAUUCUCACAUCGCUCAACCUCUUCGCCACCAAAGUCGACCAGAUCAUCUCCCUGCUGGAGAAGCGCACGGCACCAGAUCCCAGCAAGCCGUCCGCAAAACCUAUCGAGCAUAUCCUCGUCGACACCCCGGGGCAGAUCGAAGUGUUCGUCUGGAGCGCCUCGGGGAGCAUUCUGCUCGAGACUCUUGCUUCCUCUUUCCCCACGGUCAUCGCAUACAUCAUCGACACCCCGCGCGCCAGUUCUACCAGCACUUUCAUGAGCAACAUGCUGUACGCCUGCAGUAUUCUCUAUAAGACCAAACUCCCCAUGAUUUUAGUGUUCAACAAAACAGACGUCAAGGACGCCGAGUUCGCAAAGGAAUGGAUGGCCGACUUUGAUGCCUUCCAGCAGGCUCUGCGCGAGGAAGAGGAAUCGGGAUCCUUUGGCACAGAGGGCGGAGCUGGUGGGUUCGGCGCGGGGAGUGGAUACAUGGGUUCGCUUCUGAACAGCAUGAGCCUCAUGCUCGAGGAGUUCUAUCGACACCUGAGUGUGGUGGGUGUGAGCUCCAUGACCGGCGACGGGGUGGAUGAGUUCUUUGAGGCCGUGGAAGCAAAACGCCAAGAAUUCGAGCGCGACUACAAGCCGGAACUGGAGCGCAAGAAAAAGGAACGGGAAGAAAGCAAGGCCUCGCAGCGAGAACUGGAGCUGGGAAAGCUGAUGCAGGAUAUGAAUGUCUCUGGCUCCGGCCGCCGACCACGCAGGGAGCCAGCGCCGGAGCCGGAGACUGUGAGUGAGGCCGAGGAAGAAGAUGAGAUCAUCAAGCAGGGGCUGGCGGAUGGAGAGGACGACAGUGACGAGGAUUAUGAGGAUACUGGGGCUGGCAACGACGAUGCACUCUCGCAGCGGUACCAGCAGGCUCUUUCCGGCAGUCAAAGUACGCCGUCAGAUGCGGACAACAGCUUCACGCGGUAUCUGCGGGCGAGCAAUAUCCACCAGGGAUGA